CCCUGAGCAAGUCAUGUUGCCGAAUAUCACUGUUGAUAGAUCGCAGGUUUGUUGAAAGUUAAGUUAAUAUUAAAUUAGCUGCAGUCCAAAACAUUUUAAAUAGUGCAAUGCAAUGUAUGUUAGUGACACGAACUGUGGGUUAGUUAGUUUUAGGAAGUGCGGACAUGGGAGGUAUUAGGACAUUACAAAACAUUGAUUUGCUAAUGUAGCCUAGACUUCAGUAACGUGAAAAGAAAACACCGUAAACUUUGCAGAUAUUGUUAUGUCGUUAAGUUUGCAGUUAAGGCAGACUGUCCUUGUGACACGCAGACUAGCUCGACAUUGUGGUGAUCUGACAGGGAACAGUCAUGUCUGCCUCAGGCUAAAUGUCACGGCCAGUGUGAGACACUUCGGAACAAGCCACAAGAGGUCCAGCGAGAAUGGCAGCAGCUCAGAGAGCCCUGCCCCUGGACCUUCACGGUUACCCCUUACAAAGCCACUGUUAGGCAGGCGGAGAUCGCUGUCACCCUUGGAAAGGGUCAGUCGUCUGCUGCCUCGGGAAAGCUUAAGCCCUGACGUGUGGCAGUUGCGAGAGGACCAAAAGGAGGGUGAUCAGGAGCAGAGUGCUCCGAGUGAUGCUUUCAGUGGAGACAUUCACACACAUCAGCAGACAGAAGGAAGUCAGGUGGAGGUCCAGCGACGAGCGGAAGUGGACAUUGUUUUAGGGGAUGAAGGCCUCACCACAGGAGGUUCUGUGACACCUGCGGAGUGUGUGGACUCCAGUCAGGACGCUCACGUCUGUCUUCCUGGAGAGCGACCGUUAACCUACGGAGAGGUCGUCAUAGCCGAGCGUUUGAGGAAAAAACAUAUCGGCUUUCGGAAGAUGUUCCCACUGGAGCAGGGCGGGAAGCUGCACAGCACCUGGGGUUAUCUCUCCCACAGCACCAUCGCAGAGUGCCCAUCAGGCUCACUCUUCCGCACAUCACUGGGCAUGCCUCUGCUCCUAAGGCGGCCCAGUCUGGAGGAGUUCACCCUUUACAUGAGGAGAGGCCCAGCCAUCAGCUACCCUAAGGUAUCAGCUAAGGACUGUGCUGCCAUGUUGACCAUGAUGGAUGUGAGCGAGGGGGACUGCGUGCUGGAGUCCGGCUCGGGAUCAGGAGCCAUGAGUCUCUUCUUGUCCAGAGCAGUGGGCUCCAAGGGAAGAGUUGUGAGUGUGGAGGUGAGGGACGACCACCAUAGACGAGCCGCCCUCAACUUCAAGCGCUGGCGGACAUCUUGGAGCCUGCGGAGAGGAGAGGAUUGGCCAGAUAAUGUGCAGUUCCAUAAAGCAGACCUGCAGACUGCUGGGCCACUCCUGACCGGCCGGGGCUUCAACUCGAUCGCACUGGACAUGUUGAAUCCUCACCUGGUUCUGCCCACUGUCUUUCCACACCUUCACCCAGGGGCUGUGUGUGCUGUGUAUCUGGCAAAUGUGACGCAGAUAGUUGAUUUGCUGGAGGGAAUCCGCUGUUCCAAACUACCUCUGGUUUGUGAGCGCAUCAUCGAGGUGCAAUACCGGGAUUGGUUAGUGGCCCCGUCAUUCAUGAAAGACGGCAGCUUCAGCAGCAGAAGAGCACUGUCAGAGGGGAGUCCUGAGGAGGAGGUGGAAGAUGGCGACAAAUCCAAUGGUGAAGACAAAGAGGAAGCCCACAGUCCCGGCUCCAGGCCUUUCGGCAGUGUGCCAUAUAUCGCAAGGCCACACCCAGAGCAGGCAGGUCACACAGCCUUCCUGGUGAGACUGCGGAAAAUUAUGAAAUAGUGUCCUAAAACAUCCAGACAGGUCUACUGGAAGGCCAAAAUCAUGGUCGGGUUGAAUGUACAGUGCUGUUUUUCAUGUGUUUUGUUUAUUAUUAAAUUAAUUCCCUUGA